AUGUCUGUAACGGGAAAGGAGGAUGUCUACGAAAGCGAGGACCUUCCGGAAUCGGAACAAUUCAUUAAUAAUUUUGCUGCCAAGUCUACAAUCGACUCCACGGAUAACGAAAAUAUAGAAUUGGUUAGUUUUCUAAAACUUAUUCCUUGA